UGCUUCGUAGUUUGUAAAACCACGUAAGAACUCCUGAUCUUCCUUUUUUCAAGCCCACUUUUCCAUCUCCGGUCUUCCCGGCGUUCCUCUUUCUAGUGCGAUCCCACAUAAUCCCAAUUCAGUAUCACUACAAGUGUUUUCUGUUGUCAAUUCCUCCAAUAUUCUGCUCUCUUCAAUGUAUUUUCUAUGAUACACAUCCAGUAAUUUAGCUGUUAGAGGCCAAAAGCUCUCGGCCGAGGUCGCAUCCACCACCUCACCUCACCGCCGCGACAAGGAGGUGGUUUCUGCUGCAAGCCUUUUUUUUAACCAUUCUAUUCGUUCUACAAUCACCAGGAGACAUUCAGUUGAAUUUCUGAUUGUUGGUAACUUGUAGUCAUUUUGGGCUGAGUGAUAUAAUUGGGGGUAUUUAUUGGUUUUUAUGGGUUCAAAACCGUGGCUACAACCAGCUCCCGCCUAUUCUCCAUUGGAGACUUUCUGGGACACGGAGGAUGAUGCUCCUGGUCCUCGCUGCGGCCACACUCUCACUGCCGUCGCACCAACCAAAUCUCAAGGCCCUCGCCUUAUCUUAUUCGGUGGCGCCACCGCCAUUGGAGGUGGCCCGUCCUCUGCUGUCCCUGGCAUCCGGUUGGAUGGCGUGACAAAUUCAGUUCAUGUAUAUGAUGUUAUUACCAGGAAAUGGACCAGAAUACUACCGGCUGGGGAGCCUCCUUCACCUAGGGCUGCCCAUGCGGCAGCUGCUGUGGGAACCAUGGUUGUAUUUCAGGGAGGGAUAGGUCCAUCCGGGCAUUCAACAGAUGAUCUUUAUGUGCUUGACUUGACCAAUGACAAAUACAAAUGGCACCGGGUUGUUGUUAGAGGGGAGGGUCCUGGCCCUCGUUAUGGCCAUGUGAUGGACUUGGUAGCCCAACGAUACCUCGUUACUGUUAGUGGCAAUGAUGGAAAGAAAGUGCUUUCAGAUGCUUGGGCUUUGGAUACUGCUCAAAAACCGUAUGCAUGGCAGAGAUUAAAUCCGGAAGGUGAUAAACCUUCUGCUAGAAUGUAUGCAACUGCUAGUGCCCGCUCAGAUGGUAUGUUCUUGCUUUGUGGUGGAAGAGACAUCUCAGGCACGCCUUUAGCAGAUGCUUAUGGAUUGCUGAUGCAUAGAAAUGGUGAAUGGGAAUGGACACUUGCACCUGGAGUUUCCCCCUCACCAAGGUAUCAACAUGCUGCGGUCUUUGUUGGAGCUAGAUUGCACGUUACAGGUGGUGUUCUUAGGGGAGGACGAGCAGUAGAUGGUGAAUCAGCUGUUGCAGUAUUGGACACUGCUGCUGGAGUUUGGUUAGACAGACAUGGCAUGGUGACUUCUUCAAGGCCCAACAAGGCCCAAAGUGAAGACCCUGCUUUGGAGCUGAUGCGGCGUUGUAGACAUGCAGCUUCAUCUGUUGGUGUUCGUAUAUAUAUUUAUGGUGGUCUUCGUGGAGAUGUGUUGUUAGAUGAUUUUCUUAUUGCAGAGAAUUCGGCUCUUCAGUCAGAUACCACCUCAAAUGUGACAAGUCCAAGAACAAACAAUUCAAGCCCAUUUGAUCCUAUGUCUCCUGAUAGUAGACCAGAGAGCCCCUCAUCUGGUGCUUUAAGUAGAGAAUCUAUGGAGAGGCUGGCAGAAGCUUCUGCUCAGGAAGCCAAGGCUGUGAAUGCUGUCUGGCAAGCUGCACAGGCACACGCCCAAUCACAGCAAGCUGCAAAUCAAGACAACAACUUACCCCUUUCAGACGACUCACAUGCUUCAGAGCCUGCUGAUACAGAGGGAGAUGUUAGGCUUCACCCUAGAGCUGUUGUAGUUGCUAAAGAGACGGUAGGAAACCUAGGUGGAUUGGUGAGGCAGUUAUCCUUGGAUCAAUUUGAAAACGAGAGUAGACGAAUGAUUCCUACCCAAAACGACCUUUCCUAUCCAACCAAAAAGUUCACUAGGCAAAAGUCACCUCAAGGCUUGCACAAAAAAGUGAUAUCUAAUUUGCUUAGGCCUCGAAACUGGAAACCUCCGGUUAACAGAAGGUUUUUCCUUGAUUCAUAUGAAGUAGGAGAGCUUUGCUACGCUGCUGAACAGAUUUUUUUACACGAGCCUACGGUUCUUCAGUUGAAAGCUCCAAUCAAAGUGUUUGGUGAUUUACACGGACAGUUUGGUGAUCUCAUGCGCCUCUUUGAUGAAUACGGAUUUCCUUCUACUGCUGGAGACAUAACAUAUAUUGACUAUUUAUUCCUUGGCGAUUAUGUUGACCGAGGUCAACAUAGCUUGGAGACUAUCACGUUGCUUCUUGCCUUAAAGAUUCAGUAUCCUGAGAAUGUCCAUUUGAUACGUGGGAACCAUGAGGCUGCGGAUAUAAACGCGCUGUUUGGGUUUCGUCUUGAAUGCAUAGAAAGAAUGGGGGAGAACGAUGGGAUAUGGGCAUGGACGCGAUUCAAUCAGGUAUUUAACCAUCUUCCGCUGGCGGCAUUGAUUGAGAAGAAGAUAAUCUGCAUGCAUGGUGGGAUAGGGAGGUCCAUACAUUUGGUUGAACAGAUUGAGAAAAUAGAAAGACCAAUAACUAUGGAUGCUGGAUCUCUUAUCUUAAUGGAUCUUUUAUGGUCUGAUCCUACGGAGAAUGAUAGUGUGGAAGGUUUAAGGCCAAAUGCUAGGGGACCUGGUUUGGUUACUUUUGGGCCUGAUAGGGUUACAGACUUUUGUAAGAGAAACAAACUUCAGCUGAUUAUAAGAGCACAUGAAUGCGUGAUGGAUGGGUUUGAAAGAUUUGCUCAGGGCCAGUUGAUCACCCUUUUCUCUGCAACCAACUAUUGUGGAACUGCAAACAAUGCUGGAGCUUUACUAGUGGUUGGAAGAGGACUGGUGAUUGUUCCAAAACUGAUUCAUCCGUUGCCACCUCCCCUUCACUCGCCAGAAAACUCUCCAGAACAUGUCCAAGACGACACCUGGAUGCAGGAGCUUAAUAAUCAAAGACCCCCAACUCCUACCAGGGGCCGUCCCCAGCCUAAUCAUGACAGGAACUCCCUUGCAUAUAUUUAGACUCUUGCUAUUUACACUAUUUAUUGGACA